AUGGAUUUCUUGCCAACGAUCGAAGAUCCACGUCAUACGCCUGGAAAGCGACACGGUUACGCAAAGGAACAAUUAUCACCUCACGCACUCACGAACAAUAAUCAAAAAUCUCUACUUAACAGUUUUAUCACUACUCCACCGGUUUCUAAGCCACCAAAUCACUUUAUCAGUAAUACUAACAAAUUUUAUCUGACUAAGCAACAAAAUCAGGAACGUAACAGUUACACGUCAUCUUACCCAAUCCGGAAAUCUGCAUUCUUGGUAUACAGCAAUUCUUCGAAUCAGAAAGCACCAGAAAUGCAGAUAGAUCCACCAACUAUCAUCGGCAAUCCAUUAAUUACUCGUAAUGAUAUCCUAAAGCCAAAGCCAAGAUAUGCUACAUCUGUUAGCCAAGUUUAUAACAAAGACUCAAUAAAACUUGGCAGUGCACAAUAUUCCGAUAAUAGCAAUAGUACUGGAAAACAAAUAAUAGGAGUAGACCUAGUCACUAACAGACAGGAAGGAUUACAACAACAGUCAAUGCAAAUGGCUUGCUUUGAAUUGAAAUCCAGAGAAGUACCAAUUAUAUCAGAAAAGAAAAUGGAUGAUAUGCCGCGAUUGAAAAAUUUUAAAAAUAUCUUGAAUAAAUUCCAGAUAGCAAGUGAUUAUGCAUUACGACAAAAGCAGCAACGAGAACAAAAUCGAUAUAAUAGCAGCGAUGAUCGAUCGGAUCAAGAAUUUAACAGUUCAGAUUGGGAGCAAUCAUCUGAGCAUGCAUAUUCCGAGCAGAAUUACAAGUUGGCAAAGAAUAAACAAAGGCAUUUACGACCAUUUACGGUAUCUGCUGGGAAAAACAUUCGUAGCAGUUUACCGAAACAAUGGCUUACGCGGGUAAAUGAUACGUACGUGAACGUAGAAAGACGCUCAGCAGCAAUGUCUGGCAUGUCAUCUGUGCCACCAUCACCGCCAAUGUCAUCUCAUAAGCCACGAAAUAGAACCAACAGUCUAAGAAUAAUAAGUAUGAAACAACGAGGAUUUUUCAAUAAUAAUUCCUACCGGAAUGAGCAAAUGACAUGUCAACUUCACAAUGUGAACGAUCCUAGGCCAAUUACAGAAAAUGAGACAAGAAUAAGCCCAGCUGGCACACCAUCAUCCUCUUCUCACGGUUGCAUUAUCCAAUGUAUCUCAACGGAUAGCUACAAGAGAGUGAUACCAGUGGCGCAGAUGUCGUCACCUUCCCCAUCAUUACCGCCAUCAAAAUCGCAAAGUAUUAGCAGUGAAACGGAAGACGAUGAUGAUUCGGCAUCUGUUAUCGGACUCUAUAAACAGAUGACUUCAAAUCAUCUUGAAAUAUUGCAAUAUGCUUCAACUCAUGUGAACAAAUUUUUCGUAAAUCGUAAUUUAAUGGUACCAAAAGUGAAUUUACAAAAAUUGCAAUUGAGUGAUUUAAUUUUCGAAUCAAUGAUGCCAGUCUUCUCGAAAUGUUAUACACACUUUUUCAAUGCAUUUUUACCGCAUGAUGGCUUCCUGAGUUCAGCAAUCAAUGUGAUAGCUGAGCCUUCUUUAUUCAUCCAUUCAAAUCCAAUAAAGUCUGACCUUACAGUUGGAAACAUAUGGAACCCGCCGAUACUUGUCGAGAUUAGAGCAAAACAAGAUGAGGAGAAACGUAUACUUCGACAUAUUCUGGGAUAUCGGAAUAGCCAAAAAUAUCGUUUCCUAAUUAUUCCACGAUAUAAUUUGCUAACAUUCAAAUCAUUUGCUGCGAAUCAUCAAAAUGAUGUCAGUGAAGAAUACGAAUUGAAGAUAUGCUUCAUCUUAUUACAACUUAUCUAUGCAUUGAAAUCUUUUCAGUUGAACGGUAUUGAAGCGAUUAACGAUGAUUUAAGUGAAUUCAUCCUGCUGUGCAGAUAUACUCGAAUUAAUCAAAAGAUUGGCAACAUGGAUCAUCUACCAAGAGUUUUGCUACUUCAAGAGACAUUUAGAAUGACGAAAAAGCCUACCAUAGGAUUAUGUGACUACUGUCUCAAAAUACUUGCAACGAUGUUGAACCUAAACAAUAAUUCUCUAACAAGUUUUACAUACCCCAUCCAGGAAUGCGCUAAAGCAUUGCAACAAGACAAAUCUAGUUCGUUGACAGAGGCAAAAAACGCACUAGAACUUGGGAUUUUCGUUGGCCACGAUGCUUCUUCAUUCAAUGAUGAAGAAGACGCACAAGCUUGGAUUGAUUCAAAACGAGCCGACUUUGUUAAUUACCUGUUCCGUGAAGUCGCUGACGGUUCCUGCUUAGUAAACGAAGUAUACGAACAGUUGCGUCUGCAGUUCCUUCUCUCAAUCACACCACAAACGCUGUUGAAAAUGGUCGGAAAUAUGUACUUAUAA